UUUUUUGCUCUCCCAACCACAUUCCCUUAGGGCUUCUUCUCGUUCGUGUUCGUGUUCUUGUUCUUCCUUAUACGGAUUUCGAAGAAAAUUAAAUAUAUAUGCAGAAAUGGUGAGAGGGAAAACUGAGAUGAGGCGAAUCGAGAAUGCGACGAGUCGUCAAGUUACGUUCUCGAAGCGUCGGAACGGGUUGCUGAAGAAGGCGUUUGAGCUCUCCGUUCUUUGUGAUGCUGAACUCGCUCUUAUCAUUUUCUCUUCUACUGGAAAGCUUUAUGAAUUUGCUAGCUCCAGCUUGCAGGCCACGGUGGGGCGAUAUCUAAGGCAUACCAAAGCAACUCAUCGUCUUCAACCUCCAUCUCAUCAACACGACUUACAACCGGUUCAGAAUGAGGCUACAAGUCUGUUGGACGAGAUCGAGUCACUCGAGGUUUCGAAGAGGAAAUUGUUGGGAGAAGGCUUAGGAUCAAGCUCCUAUGAAGAACUUCAACAAAUAGAAAAGCAGCUAGAGAGGAGCUUGGCUCAUGUUAAAGCUAGAAAGUACGAGGUUUACAAGGAACAGAUUGAACAACUAAAAGAAAAGGAGAAAUAUUUGGCGGCUGAAAAUGCAAAGCUUGCUAAAAAGUGUUUUGUCCAACGUGAGCUUCGACAAUCAUCAACUCAAGUUGGUAAAAUUUCAACUCAUCUAGAGCAUAGCUCGAUUUUUGACGUAGAAACAGAGCUGUUCAUUGGACCUCCCAAGUCCAGAUCGAUCAAGUGACUCUCUUUUAGGGAUUGUAUUUUACUGUAUAAACU